CAGCAGUAGCAGCAGCGGAGUGUCAGGCGUCAUAUACUGUAUUAAUCUUAGUUAUCUCACAGUGUUAAUCAUCUACAGCGCGUUAUUAAACAGGAUAUGGAUGAAGAGGCGGAUGAAGUGUUCCCCGCCGAGGAUCAGUUAUUUGAAGACAGUUUCUCUAAGGACUGCACUUUUAGCUUUUUUGGUCAGGAAUGUAAAAUUAAUCAGUCUUUCAGUGCGAGUCUCGGUGUAGCUGCUUCAGUUUGGGACGCAGCGAUCCACUUGUGUCGUUUCUUUGAGCAGAUUUCUCUGGAUUUAAGUGGAAAGCGAGUGAUCGAGUUGGGAGCAGGAACUGGUUUUCUCAGCAUACUGGCUGCUAGAUUAGGGGCCUGUGUGACCCUGACGGACCUCCCCCUGGCUAUUCCACAAGCAGUCCGAAAUAUUGAAGCCAACACCCCUCCGAACGGUUGGCCCUCAGAAGCGCCGAUUGCGGCUCCGCUGUCCUGGGGUCAGGACCAGGAGAACUUCUCCUCUGACUGGGACUUCGUUCUGGGGACAGAUAUUAUCUACAUGCCUGAAACGUUCCCUCUCCUUCUGGACACGCUGGUUCACUUGUGUGGGGGCGGGGCCGUGGUGUUCCUCUCAUCGAAGAUGCGCAGGGAGCACCACACUCAGGACUUCUACGACAACUGGCUGCCUCAGAAGUUUGAGGUGGAGCUGGUGCAGAGAGAACCGGAGAGUAACAUUAAUAUUUAUAGAGCAGCUCUGAGAGAGAGUCUAACAGAAACUCCAAAACAUUAAAGGGCCCAUAUCAUGGGGAACUGAAUUUUCAUCAGUUUGACAUAGUAAAUAAACAUUAAAAGUUUUAAAACGCACCAUUCACUCCCCAGUACAUACAGUCCAUAUAUGGAAACUAAACUGCCUGUUUGGAAUUAGUUGUUUUUGUGAUGUCACGAAAAUCAGCACGUUAUAUAGUCUGCCUAUUCAGCGCACAGAAAUUUAGCCACGCCCACUCACACUGAAGUUAUAGACCACUGUAGUCAUGUAGUCAUUUUGAAGUCUG